UGUUCCUUAGUUGAAGAAGGGUCAAACAUAAACAGUGUUCCAGAUAGAGAGGUGAAAAAGAAUCGAGAAUCUAUGUGAUGGAGGGGGAAGAAGGAGGAGGCAUAAGGCUGAGCAAGCGAAUCGCGAACGGAGAAGUUGAUUACAAGACCAAAUCCGGCACCGCAUGGAGCCACUCCUAUCUCAACCAGAAGCCAUGGCAUCCUCUCUCUUAUCCCAACCAACGCCGCAAGUGGAUCGCCGAACAAACCCACGCCAAUCGGCAACGCCGCACCGAAGAGGUUUCUCGCGAGUUCGCGCAGGAGCAGGAGUUUUUUCGCCAAACCGCUCUCAUCUCCAAGAAGGAGAAGGAAAAGGUGGAGCUUAUGCAAGCUGUUAGUUUCAUGUACGUUCGUCCUCCAGGUUACAAUGCCGAAAGCGCCAAAGCUGCGGAGAUGAAUGAUGAGAAGAAACGAGAGGACAUGGACAAGGGACCUCAGCACGAUGAUGGACCUUCCUCUUCAGUACCGCAGAGUACAAAUUUGAUUGAAGAGAAGAAAAAACCGAGGCCCAAGGAUGUUUUUGGGCGGCCUCUUCCGACAGAAGAAGAGUUCGAAGUUCUUAAAAAUGCACCAAGACUGGAAACAGGAGUUCCUGCCAGGGUGAAACCUUUUGCAGUUGAAGUUCGUAAUGUAAAAUGUUUAAGAUGUGGGAACUAUGGUCAUCAAAGUGGUGAUCGUGAAUGUCCCUUGAAGGAUGUUAUAAUGCCUAAUGAGGAAAGCAGAUUGAAAAGAGAUGAUCCCUUGAAUGCUAUCCUUGCUCACACAGAUCCUACUGAGCCCCUAAAAUGGGAGCUCAAACAGAGGCCAGGAAUCAGUCCUCCUCGUGGAGGUUUCAAACCAGAUGAUCCCAACCAGCAGAUAGUUGCCGAGGACAUAUUUGAUGAGUAUGGAGGUUUUCUUGGUAUGGAUAAUAUACCCGAGUUAUUAACCAACUUUUCUAAGAAACCAAAGAAGUCCAAAAGGAGUAAGCACAAAAAGCAGCAACAAAUAAAUUCAGAUAGUGAAGCAUCAUCUGACGAUGGAGAAAGGAGACGUAAGAAAAAAAAGGUUAAGGUAAAGAAAAAGAAGCAAGAUCAUGCAAGGUCAAGUUCAUCUGAAACUUCGGUGUCUGAAGAAGGCCAUAGAAGGAGCAGAUACAAGAGUUUGCAUUCGUCUGAAGAUUCUGACAGUUACAAGAAUUGUCAAAGUAGGUCUAAACAAGAGCGUUCCUUUUUGUCCAAAGGUUCUGAACGUCGUAGGCAUGGUAGGAGUACACAUGACAGAAGAAAGCAUCCCUAUUCAUCCGAAGAUUCCGACAGUCAGACGGAUGAUCAAAGUAGAAAGAAUGCACAAAAGCAUGAGUGGAAAUAUACCAAAAAAAGUAAACAUGACAGAAGAAAGUAUACUGAUUCAUCAGAAGAUUCUGACUGUCAGAGGGAUGAUGAUCAAAGUAAAAAGAAUGUACCAAAGCAUGAGAGGAAAGAUACAAAAAAACGACCUUCAUUUUCCAAUGAGGGUUCUGGUCCUGCAUGUGAUCAUGCUGAUAACAAGAGCAGGGAUGUGAUUUCUUAUUCAUCUGAUUCUAGUCAUCAAAGACAACCCAAGUUUAAACAGAGCAGCCAUAAGAAUUCAUCAACCACCUAUUCCGAUUCUCAAAAGCAUCAGAGAAAUUUUGGUUUCGAUCGCUACCAAGGAAAUCAGAAGAGCGGAGCUGUGCAAUCUUAUUCACCUGAAGAUUCUGAUGGGGACAGAGAUUAUCAAAAUAGAAGAAUCAAACCAAGGUAUAGACCCAAGUAUUCUGAACAUCCCGAGAAUGAUAUGGAUAAAGAGAACAGAAAAAAACGGUAUUCAUGGAAGGAUUCUAGUGCCGAUGGAUAUCAUAGAAGUAAAAGAGGUAGAUAUGAGCGUUCGUAUUCAUCCGAUUAUUCUGAUCAUCGUGAGAAACAUCACGAGUCAAGAAGGAACUACAAGCGAUGAAUAGCAGCUCAUUGUGACUGUCAGAAAUGAUUAGAUCAGGCAGAGUAGGUCUUCGUAAGGGAUGCCAAAAUAGUAACACCAAUGUCGUGGUUAUGUUCACUGUGACCAUAUGUCUAUUAAAGUAUUUUUUGUCUUUACAGAGUAAGUGAUUCUUGUGUGUUUUCCAUAUCACUUUCGAUUAGCAGUUGGCCUUCCCUUUAUUCA